CUCAUUUUACUCAUUAAGUUAAAAUCGAAAUAUUGUAACACGGAAAUGUUUCUAACUCGUAAUCGAGAGUUAAAUGAGUGAUUUCUCUGUCACUGUCCCCUUUUGUCAUCCGCGGGUCAAACGAAAGGCAGUAACGACUACAAGUCCCACAAUGCCUUGCGGUGACGCACAGCGAACCUUCAAGGGAACCGUGACGGUCAGCCCACUUGCGUGCAACAUUUCCAGCUGUGCACUUUAGCCUACUGAGUCGCAGAGCGUUUUUCGGAGCUUAGCAGAAGAAGCAAUUAAAUGUUCGACUCUCGGGUCAUGAUGACCGGCUAACUUAAACAUAGAGACGGUGGAGACUUGAUGUUUUGUUUUGGUUUGUUUUAUUUUUGUUCUUUAACCGGCGACCGCAGCAACCCUUUCACGUCAUCCUUUCGGGGUUUGGAGCCCUCAUCUUCCUUCGUUUGGCUGCAGCAUGGCUAUUAUAUCACCAACUUCGAGAUAACCUCGGGUGCAGGAAGCCUGAGGUUGUCCAACGCCGUGUGAGCAUCCUAUCCAAGCCCCCAUUCUGCUAUGGUGGGCAGCCAACCACCAAAGAUUGAGGGUCUCCUCGUCUAGGAGAAUCCAAGUCGAGCAUUCUUGCGCUUCACGGGUAUCGAAGAUUACCUCGUACUGCGACAUUUGUGAACUCUGGACUUCUCCCUGGGAAUCGACAACAAAAACACUUGAGAAAUCGAUCACCUGUCACGCCGAAGCAACGAUAUCGAGGCCGUUCACAUCCGACGGCAGCAAGCGUUCCCGUUUCCUGCUCCUUCACCAUCCCCAGUAUCAUGCUUGGCACUCUCCUGAGACGCAACAUGUCGCAGAAGCUGAGUGUGCUGCUCUUACUCUUUGGUCUGGCGUGGGGACUCUUGUUGCUCCGCUACACCGUGCAGCAACCUCGCCACCAGAGCAGCACAGAGCUCCGCGAGCAGAUACUGGAGCUCAGUCGGCGAUACGUCAAGGUCCUGACCGAGGAGAGCCAGAACGCUCCCGGUGGGCCGCAGGGGACCACCAUGGCUGGUUAUGCGGAUCUGAAGAGGACAAUAGCGGUGCUGCUGGAUGAUAUCCUGGAGCGCCUGGUCAAACUCGAGGGGAAAAUUGAAUUGGCUGCCAAUGUGUCUCUCACCAACGCCUCCCACGGGACCGUCCUCGCUUCCACUCCCGCCGCCUUGCAAAGAGCCUCCCACCAGGAGCGAGCUAGCAGUCAUCAUGGGACGUCACGCUUCAACCCACAAAGCCCCAACAAGCCUCAGCAACAUCUUUGAGUUUUGUUUUGGUAGCCGUGUUGACUGCUCUCUUGGCACAUCCCACUUUUUCUGAAUUUAUCCCAGGACGUCCGCAGACUUGGAAGGAACUGAUGCUUCUUGGAAAGCCAAAAGGAGGGAAAACCUUUUUGCCUUCACUUUUUUUUGCGCCACAGUAUUUAUUGUAUCGGAUCAAGAUUGCAGCGUGCAUUUUUAUAUUUCAAUUUUGCAUUUUUAUAUAAUGGCAUAUUUGAAUCGUAUUACUAGUACUGGCUUCAAACUAUGUAUCGCCCGUUGUGGAAACUGCAGUGCAAGGCUCUAGGCACAUUUUGGGCUCACAGUAGUAUACAACUUAACAAUAUUAUGUCAACCUGCUGAACUCAACAGAAUGCUCACAAUAUGAAUUGCUGUAUUUGUGCUGUGGACUAUUGCUCCAUGCAAUAAAAUAUGAUUCAUCUCUUCUUAUCUUACAUUUAGUUGCAUAGACGUAAUCCAAAGACUGUUCAGCCUCAAUCUGAAGCUCGUGAUCCAACAGAUGAAUCUCAUUUGCCGCUGAAAUGUGCCCCCUUCCCUUUACUUGCCUUGGGAGUGAUUUCACUCAAUGUAGAAUGGAAUGAAUGUACUGCAAGGUCAGUAUCUUUGGUGCUGUGAAGACGACUGACCAUCUGCUAAUACGCGUUCAGGGUUCAUGUUGCACUGUGACUGUAGACAUUUUAUAAAAAUUAAUGGGCUAAUCCACUUUUGGUAGUGCUGUUAUAUUGUAUGUGGGAGGCGAUUGUUACCUGCUGGAGGAGUCUUUCAAUCUCUGCUUGGUGAACUAUCCCAUGCAGAUUACAAACCUUUCAAAUGCGCAUCAUAAUGAUGCCUGUUAACCGUACUAGAUUUAACCAACAAAUGUGGGCUAUAGACGUAAUGUCUCACUUGUUCUGCUUCACUGGCACAGUUUUAACUGUACCGUUAGUCCACCAGACUCAAUAAACUGGUUCAAAUAUGA